GCCAAAUCUCUGCUUCUUACACAGGAAGGAAGGGAAAUGGGUGUAAGAGACGACUGCUGGGCUCAGUGCGAAACAUAAGCCAUGAAGUGACCUAGGAAACGCUUAGUCCUCAUACCCGGCCGUGUCUUUUGCGGUCACUCCGGAGGCCAUUGGUUUUCUGUCUGCAGUAGGUGUAUUCAUUGUUCUCCUGGCAAUUCUUUUCCUCCUUAUAAAUAAGAAGUUGUGCUUUGAAAAAAUUGGGGACUUCCCAUGUUUGGACCAACGUAGGAGGAAAAAACGGCCUAAAGAAAAAUCUGGAGUUCUGCAAGGACUUGCUCACAGACUUAAAAUUGUGGAGAUCAAGCAAAUUUGAAUACCCGAUGAGCAAAUUCUGGUCAUGGUUUUAGACAUGGCCGGCCAGAAUUUCUUCCAGCCGGUUUCUUCUUGGUUUUCUCGCAUGUGUGAAGCAGUUCACAUUACUGGAGGCAGCGCAUCUGACCCACCCGCAAGUCUAAUUAAAACAGACUCAAGAACUGUCAGUGACCAAAGCUCAGAACUAAAUGAAUAUGAUCACAACCUUGAAGACUUUCCAGAAGAAGAAUACGAAGAAGAAAAAGAAGGAUUUUUGUAUGAGAACCCACCACUAGUUCAUACGUCAGAUGCAGAGUCCUGGACAUCUGAAGAGGAGGAAACCAUCAACCUGGAACAGCAGCGUCAUCCCAGCCCAGAAUUAAUGACAGCAUCUGGAGACACGCCACGUUUUGAGAUGUCCAAGCCAACCCCUAAAUUCCAAAUGGAGGACAACCUCUUGGUAGAAUCACUCUCCUCAAUCCCAGAAGAUGAAGAAUAUAUAAAUGAUCAAAUAAAAACUCUUUUGUCGGACCUUGAAACACCAACUUUUAGUUCUGUAGGAACUUUUAAUGUGAACAGUUAUGGGGAAGAUGAGGAACUUACUACGUCUUCAGACAGUGAUGAAGAAGUGUUUAAGCAGUUUCAGAUAUCAGUGUCUCGCUCUCAGAGCUUUCGCUCCAUGGUGUCUGAAAAGGCAACCCAGGCCGGCUCAGAGGGCAAGCAAAAGUUCAGCUGCUUGCUAUCAAACCACGAGGAGCUGAGCACGGAGGCCUCUGAAUGUGAAGAUUUGGAUAUUCUUAGUUGCCAGUCCUACAAUGAAGAGGACCAUAUAUCCAUACACUCCACCCCAGCGUCAGUGGCUGGUAGGAGCCAGAGCGCUGCCAGACAAGAGGCUGCCUCCGUCUCUAGUCACCAGGUGACAGAGGGAAGUCUGGAGAUGGAGACCGCCUUCAGCAACAAUGGCUACGAAGAAGAUAACGCCACGGAUAACUCAUCGGGUUGGAGUCAGGAGGAACAAAUGGACAACCUUGCUUCUCCCGCCAUCCAUGAGCCGAUUUCCAAAUGUGGAGACCUAGAUAUUGUGCUUCAUUACAAAGCUGCCAGUCAAAAGUUGACCGUCACCAUUGUGGAAGCCAAAGAUCUCCCAGAUAAGGAUCGUAGUGGAGCGAACUCUUGGCAAGUCCAUGUUGUGUUACUUCCAAGCAAAAGGCAAAGAGGGAAGAGCGCUAUCCAAAAAGGCCCCCAGCCCGUCUUUAAUGAGACCUUUACGUUCAACAAACUGGAGCCCAAGGAAAUGGCGAACAAUGCCCUUCGCAUCCGCCUGUACGCUGUACGCAAGAGGAUCCGUGAAAAAAUGAUGGGUGAAAAGUUGUUUUCCUUAAAAAAGGUUAAACCAGAUGAGGAAAUCAGAAAGACACUGGUUUUAGAACCAAGGAGCAAUUUAAGUAGUGGUGACUCCCAGCACAGUUUUUCAGCCAUGUCUCGCAGUGACAGUGUCUCCUCCUGCCAUUCCUUGUCACACGGCGGCGUGCCUGAGCUGUUUGUAGGGCUGUCAUAUAAUGCCACAACAGGGCGGCUUUCUGUACAGAUGAUCAAAGGAAGUCAUUUUCGCAACCUCGCUAUCAACAGACCGCCUGAUACCUAUGGAAAACUCUCCCUGUUAAAUGCCAUUGGCCACGAACUAUCGCGUUGUAAAACGUCCGUACGAAGAGGCCAACCAAACCCAGUCUACAAAGAAACCUUCAUUUUUCAAGUGGCUUUAUUUCAGCUUACUGACGUCACGCUGAUGAUUUCCAUAUAUAACAGACGCACCAUGAAAAGAAAGGAGAUGGUCGGUUGGAUUGCCUUGGGUCAGAACAGCAGUGGAGAAGAAGAGCAAAGUCACUGGUUGGAAAUGAAGGAUUCGAAGGGUCAAGAAGUGUGCCGAUGGCAUACUCUCCUCGAAGCCUAAUGAAUUGUAUAAUUAUCAGGACUCACAGAGAUAUAGAAGUAUAGGGGUACAAAACGGCAUGGGAAGAAAGUCAAAAGGCAGGAUAUCAUUUUACCAUACUAUGAUUUCUAGAAAAACAUCUCUUUGGACAAAGAAUUUGCAGGUUGCCAUAUUUCGGGGAGAACCUCUGCCAAUUAGGGAAGAGUGGAUAGAUUCAUCUCAUCAACAAGUCUUCUUCACCUGCGAGGGGCC